AAAUUAUGCUUGUUUCGAUGUUUCAUGGAUUGCUAGUGCUCUGAGUUCUGGAGUUUUUGUGAUGUAGUUUGGAGGUAGGAUACAAAAUGGUUGAUAAUGGUCAUGACGUUUAUGCAUUUUUAUAGAGUAGACAUGAGUACAGAUAAUGAAUUCCAAAAUAGUUUGUCGAGGACAGUUUUAAUCGUGUAUGAUGGAAUAAUCAACGAAACGGUUAUGGUAAAGUAAGAAAAUUCUCUUAUAAUGUCAAUGGCAUCUCAGCCGCUGUCGAAUUUUUAAAGGUGAAAGAAGGGCUUAUCCUUUAUAGUAGAAUAAGGAUUCCGUGCCUCUGACUAGGAAACUUGUUUGUGGGGACUAUUACUUCCAGCAGAGGAAAUGCAUCAGUAUUUCUGGCCUCCAGCUUACUUUGUCAUCAAAAGAUCUGGAAAUUUAAACCUUAAUGGAUAGUUGAAGUGAGAACCUUAAUCAGAUUCCAAGUUUUGCAGCCACGAAGAAUUGAAACAUACGACCAACAUACAUGGAUGAGUUUUCGGGUAAAAGAGCUGAGAAUGGGCUCAUCUCUAAAAAGGGAUCUGGUCUUGGUUUGAGGGAAACCCCCAAUAGACACCGCAAUGCUCAGCUCUGUAGCCGACUGGGAUGCAGUGGAAGAUUGAACUCUGUGAAAAGUGCUCAAGUUGAAAAGGCCAAACCGUCAAGGCCAGCAUUUCGCUCUUCGUCAAGCGGGAAAGAGAUAAUUGGAAGUUCCUCGAGGUCUUGCGUUGGUGUUGGCAACACAAGAAACUCCAUUUCAGAACCUUAUAAAAAGCUAUCUUCUAAUUUGGAUACUGAUUCAUCUGAAACCAGUAGUGUUCAGGAUGAUCCAGAAGUUUCAGAAAUCGCUCCGCCACCUGGAAAAAUUCAAAGAGGGUUGCACCUUGAAUCUAAAAAUUCUGUGUCUAGUGAAAUCACCUUGAUGGAAGUUGGAAGCUCCCGUGUAGAAUCAAAUACAAGGUCUCGAAGGAGUUUUAAUCAGAGAUCUGGAUUGCGCAGCCAAGAUUCGAUAGUGGGUUCUAAUGUUUCUAUGGGACCUAAAGGCACCAUCCAGACACGGGCUAGCACAGCCAGGAAUGGUUUAAGAAGUCUAAGAUGCAGUUCAGUAUCUGACGUUGUCCCGUCCAGUUGUGCAUCAUCAGAUUCAAGCCUUGGUCAGAGAGAGACCAUAAAGAAAAGAACUUCCGAAGGAGAAAGUAGUUCUGCUGCUAAGGGGAAGAAGAUGAAUGGGUCAUCGUCAGCACAAAAUUCCAAUUCUAGCCAUGGCAUCUCAAUUUCUGCUGAUUCAAGAAGAGCUAGAAAUAUGCCUUCUAACAGGGAUAACAAUGGUGUUGCAUCAGUUAGGACUCGGAGAACUGUCACUGGUCACUCGAGGGGAAGGCUGCUUCCUAAUCAAGGAAGUGGAAACAACUCGUCAUCCAAUGGAUUCUCUGCAGUUGGCCCACAUACAUCUCAACCUGAAAUGUCUAUCAACUCAAAUGCUUCUAGUUCAUCACAACAGUUAUCUGCUGAAGUUCCUUUAAUUCGGCAGAAUUCUUAUAGCCGGCCAGGUAGUAGCAGUGGUACUUUACAUGGCAUUCUGCGAGCUGGUGCUUCAGAUGUCGGGUCUUCCCGCUCUCUAAUGAAUCAGGAUGGACUGCGACGCUACAACAUGGAUGGGAUAGCGGAGGUAUUGCUAGCACUCGAGAGAAUUGAGCACGAUGAAGAGCUAUCAUUUGAGCAAAUACUUGUUCUCGAGACCAAUUUGUUCCUGAAUGGCCUAAACAUCUACGAUCAUCACAGAGACUUGAGACUGGAUAUUGACAACAUGACAUAUGAGGAAUUAUUAGCUCUAGAAGAGAGGAUGGGUACUGUCAGCACAGCAUUGCCAGAAGAAGCAUUGUCCGAUUGCCUUAAGAAAAGUAUCUAUCAGUCUACACCCCAAGAAGAUGCAUCUGUAAGCUGCGAUGGGAAGAAGGAGGAUGUCAAAUGCAGUAUCUGCCAGGAAGAGUAUGUGGCUGGAGAUGAAGUUGGAAGAUUGCGCUGCGAGCAUAGCUUUCACAUUGUCUGCGUAAACCAGUGGCUGCGGCUUAAGAAUUGGUGCCCAAUAUGCAAGGCAGCGGCAGCACCAGCACCAGCACCCUCACCGUCGCCACCCUCCACAUAAUUCGGUCAUUAAAUCAUUUGGAGGAAAGACUUCCUCAUUGUAUCUUUCUUCUUUAUAAAGUUUACCCUUUCCAUGUACAUAUUGAUUCUCUUC